CCACCCCCUCUCUUAAUCUCCCGCACGCCGUCCCUUGCUCGUUACCGUCAUGCAUUACCUACCAUACUCGCUCGCUCUAUCAUGUCUGCUCUCCCUUGCUCAGGAUAAUGUGCUUGCUGCGCCCUCACCAUCCGCCUCCCCUCUACCUCGCGCCAUCCCUCUCGUCCGACGAGCACCCGCCCAACGGAAUUCCUCUGAGCUCUCCUCGUGGUUGAGUCGUCAGAAGGAGAUACUCGAGGCCAAGUAUAGCGGCAGUUCCGCCCAGCGGAAGCGUGCCAGCGGCUUCAACCUCCUCACAAACCAGAACGCGGACUCCAGCUUCUACGGCUCAAUAGCAGUUGGCACCCCUGCGAUAUCCUACGACGUCAUUCUUGACACCGGCUCUUCGGACCUGUGGCUCGCCGCCUCGGACGGCGUCUCAACAACGUCAGACGGAAUUCCCACUUUCGACUCUUCAGCAUCCUCCACGUUCACAGACCUCAACACUACCUUCUCAAUAAGCUACGGAUCUGGGGCCGCUCGGGGAACGCUUGGCAAGGAUGCGGUCCAGUUCGCAGGCUUUGAGGUCGAGCAGCAAACAUUCGGUGUUGUGACACAAGUUUCGACAGAUUUGUUGAGCGAGCCAGUGUCGGGCUUGAUGGGUCUUGGCUUCGCAAGCAUCGCAGCGUCAGGCGCGACCCCCUUCUGGCAAACGCUUGCCGACAGCGAUGGCACGCUCGAUUCGCCCCUUAUGGCAUUCCAGUUGACGCGUUUCGUCGACACCACCACUUCCAAUUCUCUGCAGCCCGGUGGCACGUUCAACCUCGGCGCCGUCAACACCUCGCUGUACACAGGUGACAUCGACUACCAGGACAUCCCCAGCGGCGAGGAGGGCUACUGGAUCCAGGAGCUUGCCGGGCUUACCAUCAACGGCAACUCCGUGACGCUCGACUCCGGCUCUGGAGCCUAUGCCGCCAUUGACACCGGCACCACCCUCGUCGGCGGCCCCGAAGACGCUGUCUCCGCACUGUACGCCCAGAUCGAAGGCAGCGCGCCCCUCACGGGCAACGACGGCUACUGGAGCUACCCCUGCAGUACGACUGUCAACGUCACGAUGAAGUUCGGCUCGAGCAGCAUCGCGUGGCCGAUCAGCAACUCGGACUUCCUCCUGCAGCAACUCUCCAGCGACUCCUGCGUCGGCGCGUUCUUCGCGCUCAGCACCGCCGGCACCAGUGCGCCCCCAUGGAUUGUCGGCGACACGUUCCUCAAGAACGUGUACUCCGUAUUCCGCUCGAGCCCCGCCUCUGUCGGCUUCGCCACGCUGUCUGCGGAGGCGCUCGCGAUGAACGGCAAGUCCGGGGCUGCGCCGUCGGCGACCGUCGGCGCGGUGUCCGCGACCGUCACCGGGUCGACCGCGAACUCGGGCACGGACCGCUCGAGCAGUGCGAACGGCGCGCCCCCAAGCGCGAGCGCCUCGGCGUACGCGCUGUGGGCCGCCGCACUUGUGUCUGGGCUCGUCGGUGGCGCUGUCAUGCUCUGAGGAACGGGGAUGAGCCGGGUGGAUACCCAGUACGCGCGCGCUCGCGUGCUGUGGAAGUGACGACGAUGACGACGACUACGGUGCUGUGGCGUGCUCCGGGACUCCGACGUGCAGGAUUUUGCGGACGCUGUAUCAUUAGCUAUUGGCUCGCGACCUAUUGAGACUUGACUUUGCACAAUGCUUCGCUAUACGAGGACGCUACACGUAGUACAUACAGCAUACCAAGAAUCACAACUACUUUGCAG